UUUUCUUCUUCUCCAUCUUCUUCUCUCAACUGAACAUGCUUCGACCUCCUAAUCUCCUUCCAUUAUUAUUUAUCUUCGUAUUCUGGUCAAGCUGGAGUCUUAACAGCGUCGUUUCAGACCCACAGACCAAUCUUCUUAAGAUCCGGUGUACCCCAUAUGACAGGUUCGUGGUUAGCGACAUCUCCGUCUUCAAUGAAAAUCUAAACGUAACCUUCAGAGACAUCAGACGGCAGCUUAGCGACCAAAACAAGCACUUCGCCACCGCGGCGAAGGAGGCCAAUGGAGAAGGCCCCGUUUACACUAUUUUUCAAUGCAGAAACUAUCUGUCCAUCGCCGACUGUGUCUCCUGCUUCGACGUCGUUGCCGUUCAAAUCCGCAGCUGCACCGCCGCCUUGGCCUCGGCUGCCCUUGCCGUCCUCGAUGGUUGCUUCCUCAGGUACAACUCCAAUGGUUUCUUUGAUGAGACCCCGCAGCCUUUCAACAUCGUAUCAUGUGGGAAUCAGACUACAGAAGAAGCAGCAACAUUUAACACAACAGUGCGACAAGUUCUAAUGAAUCUCCAAACAGCAACACCUAGAAUCCCUAAUUUCUCUGCGGCCACGAAGAUUCAUGUCCCUAAUAAUAAUUAUAAUGGCGCCACUAUUUAUGCUUUUGCUCAGUGUGUCGAUACCGCCACAAUAAACCAGUGCCUUAAUUGCUUGAAGGUUGAUUACAGUAGCUUGGAGAUUUGUCUUCCAAAUUCGGAUGGUAUGGCUUUUGAUUAUGGUUGUUUCAUGAGAUACUCAACCACUGCCUUUUUCCCAGAUAACCAGACCAUUGAUAUCAUACCCUUGGUCAAACAAGGUUCCAGCAAUAAGGGGCCUACUAUUGGUGGAGUAGUUGGUGGUAUAGCUUUUGUUUUGAUACUCCUUGGAUUGUUUGCCUCGAUUAGACGACCUAAAAAGAAUAAGAGAACUCCUAGAGAAGACAUAAUUGGAGCAAGCAAAUUAAAAGGCCCAAUUACUUACCGUUCUAGGGAUUUGAUGUCUGCGACCAACAAUUAUAGUGAAGAAAAUAAACUAGGAGAGGGUGGAUUCGGGGUUGUGCACAAGGGAACUUUGAAGAAUGGGAAAGUUGUUGCAGUCAAGAAAUUGACCUUAAACCACUCCAAGAGAAUGGAGGAAGAUUUUGAGAGUGAAGUGAAACUUAUUAGUAACGUUCAUCAUCGAAAUCUUGUUCGACUCCUGGGAUAUUGUAGUAAAGGGAAUGACAGAAUUCUUGUUUAUGAAUACAUGAAAAAUAGCAGCCUUGAUAGAUUCUUGUUUGGUGAAAGGACAGGUUUUCUCAACUGGAAGCAGCGAUAUGAUAUAAUUUUAGGAGUUGCAAGAGGUUUGGCAUAUUUGCAUGAGGAGUUUCAUGUUCGAAUUAUACAUAGAGACAUAAAGACUAACAACAUCCUCUUAGAUGAUAAUCUACAACCAAAAAUUGCAGAUUUUGGAUUGGCAAGACUCUUACCAAAUGACGAAUCUCAUCUUAACACAAAGAUUGUUGGAACAUUGGGAUAUACAGCGCCAGAGUAUGCUAUUCAUGGCCAACUAUCAGAAAAAGCUGAUAUUUAUAGUUAUGGCGUUGUCGUCUUAGAAAUCAUCAGUGGUCAGAAGUGUAAAGAAUUAAGGCUCCACGGUGAUGAUGAAGGCGCAUUCCUCGUUCAAACAGCGUGGAAGCUUUAUGAGAAGGAUAAACACUUAGAAUUAGUGGAUAAGAAUUUAGAGCCCAAUGACUAUUAUGCUGAAGAAGUAAAGAAAAUCAUAGAGAUCGGUUUGCUUUGCAUUCAAGCAUCUGCCAAUGCAAGGCCAAUGAUGUCUGAAGUAGUUGCAUUGCUUCAAAACAGGGACUUAUUAGAGAACUUGAGACCCACCAUGCCUAUCUUGAUUGAAAUUAAUUAGAGCUUAUCGAAGACGCCUCUACUUGUACAGCUUCCUAUAAAAUACU